AUGAACCUCGUAUCUACAACCACCAUUUGUGAUGCAGACCGCAUCUAUAACGACGUUCAAUUUUGGUCGGAUCUGGAUAAUUCUAUGAUAAUAGUUGGUUCUUGUGAGUUCAUUUCGUACAUUGAUUGCAACAAGUUACCCAUCUUUCUUAUAGAUGGUAAAUCGUUGCUGAUAUUUAGCAAUGACCCACAAACGGAAAUCUUCUUCAAACAAAAACUUCUCCAAAUCACCUCAAAUGCGGACUUCAGACAUGGUCUUUUAACAAAAAUUGGCGAAGAAAAGUACGUCGUGUUUUAUUAUGAAACGCAAGUGAGAUGCCUUGUUUUGGACUUUUCCAAAUUGAAAUACACAAGAGACUUCCUUGAAGAGGAUAAGACUUUGGAAAAUUCAUUUGUGAAGCCAAAGAGGAAGUCAACAACAACAUCAUCACCAGCUGUGACUGCGUUUGAUAGGGUACUAAAAGAGAAGCAAGAAGGUAAUCCUUUCCUAAGAACUCAACCGAAGCCAAACAAAUCACUGGUUCUAUCUACUCAAGAGCAAAUAAGUACAGCCGUAAAUAAGAUUAUUCAAUCAGGCUUGAGAAUUCGUGGCCUUUCAAUGAACCAAACAGAAUCAAUUAAUGACAAGUUGAAGAUAAAGGAAAUAUACCAAAUGACCCACAAAGCAACAAUGUUUUCACUUCGUAAGUUUAACUAUAGUUUUAACAAAAGGACAGACUCAGAAAAGGUUCAGGUAUCAUGGAAUGACAUUCAAGAAACUGUUGAGAGUUUGUUACAUCUAUUCAUUGAUCUUGAUUGA